AUGACUGCUGGUCUGACCGAACUGCCAGUCCCCAUCACCUUUAGGUCUUCGCGCAUCGCCUCUCGCUCAAACUCGAGCUCUGGUACGACCCGUUCGCGUGCCACUGUCAUCAGUCCCCUCACCCAGGUUCGCCCGCCGCCUAAAUCCAGGUCGCCCCCGACCCGCGCGCACAACACUCCAGUCUCGUCUACGCCUGACCCGUGGCUUAGCUCGAGACGCUCUACUUCCUUGUCCUCGUUCCACAGCGGCUCUGCAUCCUCCAGCAGCGCCCUCCUUUCCCCCGCCACUCCCCUCGCAUCCUCGCCCACCUCGGUAGGCUCGACCAGUAGGUCCUCCACCCCCGACCGCGACUAUUCCUAUCGCGGCGUCGACUACGACCUCGAGUCCCACCGUAUCCGCAUCAUCUCCAAGCACCGCAAAGCGUCUGCAUUCGACAUGUCUGCUGCUGCCGGCCACAAGCGCAAGGUCGUCAUCCUGGGCUCUCCCAGUGUCGGCAAGACGUCUCUCACUCAACAGUUUGUGACGCCGCCGACGUACAAUGACGCCUACUACCCCACCAUUGAGGCUACCAGCCAAAAGACGGUCAAGUACCACGGCAUGGAGUACGACUGCGAAAUUGUCGACACUGCUGGCCAGGACGAGUUUUCGCUCUUCCCUCCCAAAUACGCCGUCGGCGUCCACGGUUACAUGCUCGUCUACUCUAUCGCGUCGCGCCAAUCGUUUGACAUGAUCUUGACUCUUCACGAGAAGAUUCUCGACCAGAGUGGCCAAGAGAGGGUCCCCUGUGUCAUUGUUGGCCAGAAGAGCGACUUGAAUUCUGAGCGCCGCGUAACAAGGGCGGAGGGCGAGGCCCUCGCCAAGAAGCUCGACGCAGCGUUCAUCGAGUCUAGCGCCAGGGACAAUCAGAAUGUCGACCGCGCGUUCGACGCCCUCCUCGCUGAGAUGCAGCGCGAGUACAACCCCGAACCCGAGAAGAAGAAGUCGGGCUGGUGGCCCUUCAGCUAG